AUGGACGCGGCAGGCGCGCCUAUACCGGCGCCGUACGGCGGGCAGGGCACGGCGGCGUUCCCGAUCGCCAUCGUCAUUGCGAUCGGGUUCAUGGUCACCUCGCUCAUCCUCAUCAGCUACUACUUCCUCGUGGUCCGCUGCUGGCUCCGCGGCGGGGGCCCCGGGUCCGGCCUGCUCCUCCACCGCGCGCGCCGCGACGACCGCCACCUGGUGGAGCGCGUCUCCGCGGUCUUCUUCACCGACCACGAGGCCGCCGAGCUCCCAGGCGGGCUCGACCCGGACGUCGUCGCCGCGCUCCCCGUCGUCAGGUACUACCGCCGCCGGGCGAGGGACGACUCCGCGUCCGAGUGCGCCGUGUGCCUGGGCGAGUUCGCGCCCGGGGAGCGGCUCAAGCAGCUGCCCACCUGCUCCCACGCCUUCCACAUCGACUGCAUCGACACCUGGCUCCACCACAACGUCAGCUGCCCGCUCUGCCGCACCGUCGUCACCGGCGGCGCCGUCCUCCCGCUCGCGCGCGACGACCACGACGCCUCCUGCCGCGACUUGCAGCCGCUCGGCGGCGAUGCGCGGCGCAUCGACGCCGCGGGGAGGGUCGGGUACGGGAGCUCCUGCAGGUUCCCGAUCAAGACCGGCGCCGCCGCGCAGGAGCCCAUCACGCGUUCCUUCUCCAUGGACUGCUUCGCGGGCGGCCUCGGCCGGAAGCCGCACACCAAGGAGCUUGCUGCUGCAGGCAGCUCGGGGGAGGCCGGCCCGAGCCUUGCCGCCAGCGGCGGCAGCAGCAGCAGCAAUAACGUCACUGACCGCGGCGCUGGCGAGACGAGCGGCCGGUUCCGGCGGCUUCUGUCGUCGUUCGGGCUCGGCCGGAGCUCGCGGAGCACAGUGCUGCCGAUCCACCUCGACCCGUGA